CCAUCAGGCUGGAGCGGUGCUGUAUCAUCUGUCCAUCAGUCUUGCUCCGUCCCUGACCCCAGAGAAACUUGGCCCUCAGAGUCCAAAGGUUUGACAACGGAUAUGAUUAUAAGUUCUCCUUUUGUCCUAAGAAAUUUCUCUGCCUCGGUAGUAACUGGAGCGUCUUCAAGAUGAUGGUGGAAAAUUUAUACAGAGCAUCCCAGACAAGCCAUGUAUCUGGGCAUCAUAGGACAACGUUUGAUGCGAAGAAAUUGCUGACCCUGUGGACCCUGCUAUGUGGUGGUGUUGUUGUGCUUCUUUGGGGGUUUUUCAGUUUCCCUAGAAAAUUUGGAACCACAAGAAUAAUGAGAAAUAAGACGUGUGAUGAUGAAGUAAAGAUAUGCAUGAAUGCCUGGCAUAAAAUUAACCAGAACUGCUUCUUCCUUAUCCAACAUGAAAACUCAUGGCCCGCCGCAAAGCGGAACUGUGGAAACUUAGAAGCACACCUGGCUAAGAUCAACAACAAGAAUGAACUGGAAGCUUUGAUGAGCCUUGUGAAUGAAGGAUCUUCAUAUUGGAUUGGACUGAACAAACAAAAUUUGGACAAACUCUGGCUUUGGACAGAUGGAACAAAAUACAAUGAUUUGAAGGAAAUUCAUGAUUACGGAGAGUGUGCCUUCCUGCAUAAACGGGGCAUAGACAGUACCACCUGUGAUGACCUCAGAAACUAUAUCUGUAUGAAAGUAGGCCAGUGUCCUUGAAGGUUUCUUCCGUCCAAAACAAAAUGAAUAACAGUGUCUUAUAUUGUGUGUGUUAAACCUCUGGUGAUGUGUUUCCUUCACAUCAACAUUGCUUUGAAAUCUAAUUUGACUGAAGAACAUGAAUAUAAAUUUUAUCUUCAACGAAAUAGUUAUUAAGAAGCCUAGAGAGAAGGCUAAGUUUGAGAUGGUACUGCUGAGUCACCGAAAUUGGUGGGUAUGAGGCUAUGGGAACGAAGGGACUUGCUUGGAAUUUAUUCAUCCUGGUGGAUCAUUCGGGAGGGCAGAGGAAAAGAGAAAGAAAGAUCCUUUGUUUGUCUGAAAUUGGUUGAAAUCUGAAUAAAGGAGAAAGGAGCUGUGAGACAAGAUGAGCUGGGAAGUGUUUCAUUUGCCCUCAAUACAAGGUUGGUGUGGAACUGUGAACGAAGGCAUGAUGGGGAACUGUUCUGAUCCGGAGCCUUGUGUUGUCACUGGAGACCAAACACCUCUCAACAGGUCUCUAGACACUCAGUCAAACUGC